AUGGCGGGCGGUGCCUCUGGGCUGCCCUUUGACCCUGCGCUGCUGCUUAGAUUUCAGGAGCCCUGGGACGGCACGAGGGUACAGAUGCUGGACCACGUGGUGACCUUGAUGUACUCCGGGGACCAGGCGCAGCGGAAACUCGCGCACGAGGUGCUGACGCAGGUGAAGGUGCACCCGGACUCCUGGUUCGCCGUAGACACGAUACUGGCCACGUCUCAGAGUCCUGACACCAAGUUCUUCGCACUGAACGUGCUGGAGAAUGUGAUUUGCACCAGGUGGAUGGUUUUGCCUGACACGCAGAAAGCUGGAAUCAAGAACUACGUCGUGCAACUCGUCAUCAAGAUUUCCGCGGACGAGCAUUUUGCCUCGACGCAGAAGCAUUUCUUGACCAAGCUGAAUGAGACGCUGGUCCACAUCGUGAAGCAAGAGUGGCCACAUUCCUGGGAGAACUUUAUCCCAGACCUUUGCGGCUCCUGCAAAACAAGCCAAUUGCUGUGCGAGAAUAAUCUCCGAAUUCUGAACAUGCUCAGCGAGGAGAUUUUUACCUUUGGGAAGUCGCAGAUGGUGUCUAGGAAGGUGGUCAAGCUGAAAGAGUCUUUGAAUGCUCAAUUCGCCGCCAUCUACGAGCUGUGCAGCUUCAUUCUGAAGAGCCAUGUGUCAAGCCCUGGGACCAUCAAGGUGUCGUUGAUCACCACGACGUUGAGCACCUUGGCCAACUUCCUGGAGUGGAUCGCGCUGGGCUUUAUCUUCGAGACAGAUUUGAUCCAGAUGCUGCUGAUGCACUUCUGGGACCCCUUGGAGUUCCGCAUCGAGACUGCCAAGUGCCUCAACGAGAUCGCCUGCCUUCACGACGGGGUCCAGCAGUACCAGCCCCAGAUGAUCCGCUGCUUCCAGGGCGUCGUGGAGAAGAUCCAGCAGCUCCCGGAGAGCAGCCCCAGUGCCUCCAAUACCAAAGUCUUCUGGGAGGUCUUCCACAACCAGGUGGCCUUGCUGCUGACGGGUUUCCUGAAGCACCACAUGGCCGCCAUGGAGGCGCAGAGUCGCUACAUGAUCCCCGCGCUGAAGUACCUGGUCAGGAUCUCCAUGGGACCCAACGAGGAGACCUUCAAGAUCUGCGUGGAGUUUUGGCAGACCUUCAGCGCGCGCGUGUACCUGGAGAACCAGGCGCAGGUGGCACACGCGCUCUCUGCCCGCAGCCCGUUGCUCAUGGAUGCCAACCCGGCGAACAACCAGCAGGAGAAGCUGAAGCUGUAUGGUCCACUGCUGGCCGAGGUCCGGCAGGUGCUGAUCUCCAAGAUGGUGAAGCCUCCAGAGGUGACCAUCAAGGAGAACGAAGAGGGGCACAUUGUCCGGGUGGAGGAGGAGGACACGGACGAGCUGGCCCUCUACAAGAUGAUGCGGGAGGCCUUGAUCUACUUGACCCAUCUGGACCCCCAACACAUGGAGAACAUCGUGCUGCAGCGGGUGGCCCACGAAUGUUUGGGCAGCAAGACCCUGGAGAAGUGGUGCCCCACCCUGCUGAACCGCCUCUGCUGGGCCAUCGGCUCCAUCAGCGGCGCCAUGCAGGAGUCGGAAGAGAAGCGCUUCGUGGUGGCGGUGAUCCGAGACUUGUUGCAGCUCUGCGACCUCAAGAAGGGCAAGGAGAACAAGGCGGCCGUGGCCAGCAACAUCAUGUACGUGGUGGGCCAAUACCCCCGCUUCCUGCGGGCCCAUUGGAAGUUUCUGAAGACUGUGCUCUUCAAGCUCUUCGAAUUCAUGCAUGAGACCUUCCCGGGGGUUCAGCAGAUGGCGGUGGAUACCUUCCUCAGGAUUUGCCAGAAGUGCAAGAAGAAGUUCGUGGUGCAGCAGAGCUCGGAGCCCGCGCCCUUCGUCGAGACCAUGCCCAGCCACAUCGCGCAGGACAUCUCAGAGCUGGAGCACCUGCAAAUUUGCACCUACUUUGAGGCGGUGGGGCACAUGAUCAGCGCCUCGCCUUUGGACCAGCGGGGCCGGCUGCUGGCUCAGAUCCUGGGCCUCUUCAACGACCAGUGGGCCGGCAUCUUGCGGGGACUCUCCGCAGCGGGUGCCUUAGAGGUCUUCGUGCAGAACCACCAGGUGCUGCGGGACGUGUCCCUCAUCCUGCGGGUCAACGAGCGCAUGGUGGUGGCCCUGGGCAUGUCCUGCCACGACCAGCUCGCCGCCAUGUACUGCGAUAUGCUGAAGAUCUACAAGGUCUGCAGCGACUUUAUCUCGCACAGCACGGCGCAGCAGGGGGUUCAGGUCAUGAACCAGGCCAACGUGCGGCUGCUGCGGAACGUGAAGCGAGACGCGCUGCGCCUGGUGAGGUCCUUUCUCGACGCUUGCACUCCUCAGGCGACCGCAGAGGUGGGUCUGGCGCCCGAUCAGAUCGCGCAGCGCUUCGUGCCGCCGCUGCUGGAGCCGGUGCUGGCGGACUACCGCAGCAACAUCCCCCAGGCGCGGGACGCGGAGGUGCUGGACCUGCUGGCCGUGCUGGCCACCCGCAAUCAGUCCAUCAGCCAGGAGGUUGGGAAGAUUUUCGAGAUGGUGCUGGAGUGCACUUGCGACAUGAUCAAGGGGGACUUCCAGAGCUACCCGGACCACAGGGUGAAGUUGUACGACCUGCUGAAAGCCAUCAAUGCGCAUUGCUUCCAGGCGUUGUUCUUCCUGCCGGAGGCACAGGUGAAGCUGUACGUGGACAGCUUGCUUUGGGCCAUGAAGCACGAGCAACCACAGGUGGCCGACAGCGGGUUGCAAGUGCUCUCGCAGUUCUUGGAGAGAUUGCUCACGGGGCCGGGCAAUAUCUACGUGCCCUUCUUCAAGCAGUACUUCUUCCUGAUUUUGCAGGAUGUACUCUGCGUGCUGACGGACACCUUUCACAAGAGCGGCUUCAAGUUGCAGCAGCACAUCCUGCUGCAGCUGAUCCUCGCCGUGGAAAGCGGCACCUUGAAGGAGGCUGCGCCCAAGCAGCAGGUCAUGGAGUUCCUGUUCGACCUGAUCGGAAAGAGCUUCCCCACCUUGAACAAGAGCCAGGUGGAGAUCUUUGUUCUGCACUGCUUCAACAAGGCCCGACAGCCGAACGACUUUCAACAGCACAUCCGGGACUUCCUCAUUCAGCUGAAGGAGUGGGGCAGCCACGAGGGCGCCUUGUACGAGCAGGAGCGUCAGCAGGCCCAGGAGGAGCAGCAGCAGCUGGAGCGCCAGUGGCGAAUGCAGGUGCCGGGCCUCAUCCCCCAGUACGUGGACGCCGAGGACGUCUUCGCCCAGAGCGCGGAGCUCUCCAGCUGUCAGCUCUUCGUGCUGGAGCGCGAGGCAGGGCCUGGCGUGGUGAAAGCCGGAGACAUGAUCCGCCUGAAGUCUUUCUUCACGCACAAGUACUUGGACGUGCAUGCCAGCGGCCACUUGCGGUGCCGCCUGAGCUCCCCCGACGAGGCACAGGAAGCCAGGUCCAGCUGCAAGGGCCAAAACUCCGACGAGCUCAACUGGGGGUAA